UUACUUCAGUCUCUAAAGCGUAUGAUUGUCUAAAUAGUAUAAUAAUAAACAAUAAAAUAUUUAAAAAAAAUGGAAAAACAGCGAGUUAAUAAACGGAGGGAUAAAAAGGAUAAGUCAAGCCAAUCAAUCAAAAUUGUGGUGCGGCAUUUGCCUCCGACAAUGACUGAGAAGGAAUUUUUGGAACAAGUGGAUCCAUUGCCUGAAAACGAAUACUACUAUUAUUGCCCUGCAGACUGGUCGCUCGGACAAGAAGCAACAUGUCGCGCAUACAUAGAUAUGUCGCCCAAAGAUAUUGGUGAAGUUAUACAAUUUCGCGAUCGGUUCGAUGGAUAUGUUUUUGUCGAUUCAAAGGGAGCCGAAUACGUUGCUAUAGUCGAAUACGCGCCGUUCCAGUGGUUUUUGAAAAACAAAGCACGAAGCCACGACAACAAGGUGAAUACUAUUGAAAAGGAAUCACACUUUCAGGAAUUCCUACAGAAACUGGCCGAAGAACGCGAAGAGGCAAACCGUUCGGGUGAUGUAAAAAUUGAUUUCAAUUUUGACAGCAGAAGCGACGAGAAGGUGAAGUCAACGCCUUUGCUUCAAUAUUUGGCAAAUAAAAAGGAAAAGCGUCGCGAGGAGCUCCGAAAGCGAAACGAAGAAAAGCGCAAGCAGCGUGAAGAACAAAAGCUUUUAAAAUCUACAGAACAGCCAGAAAAUGUAAAAGCUAAAGAACCAGGAAAUGAAAAUAAUAAAAAGCCGGGUAAUAACAAUUCGAAAAAGGGAUUUAACAAGGAAGGUCAAGGCUCAGAGGAAACUGUGAAGAACGCUCGCUCUAAGCGACGCACUGAACGCGAUCAGCGACGGCGCGAAGAACACGAACAGCGCAAAUUAGUGCGAGAUCGCGAGAAUCGCGAUAAGAAGAAAACUGAGAAAGACACGAAUCAAAAGCAAACAAACAAAAAUUCCAAUACAUCCAGAGAAAAUCAGAAAGCAAGCAAAGAUAUUGUUAUAUUAAAGAAAAAAUCUACAUCGGAUGCGAAUCUAGUUGCCGAAGCGUGCAGCGACACGACAGCAAAAACUGAAGCCAGCAAUGAACGUGCUGAAACUAGUGCGAACACAAAAGAAGUUGAUAAAGCCGAACACGGCAAUGUAUCAACUAAUCAAAAAAACAAACCAACCGAUACAUAUAAAGAACGACACAAUUCGCGAGCCGCGGACGAACGUCGUAUAAGAAAUAAGGAUCGUCCAUCAAUUGCCAUAUAUCAACCGAAGGUUCGAGUAGGUGUGGGCUCUGAAGAUAAUUCGCCAAGCUGUAAAGAAUCGCCCAUAUUUCCAAGUGAAGGCGACAUUUCGGUGUCAGAAGAAACACCGAAGAAUAAAAGAUUUGGUAGACGUAACAAGCAUAAGCCGCAAGACAACAAAGACAACUUUGAGGAAGCGCGCCGUGAAUCCAAAUCAUCUGAAAGUAGCGCAAGUGCACACUCUACAGUGAAAUGAUAAC